GCGGGGGCGAAAGGAGAAAAUCUUAGUGGAAGGAAAAGAAGGCCUACAAGUGACUACUGUACAAGUGAAGAGCUUUCGACGGACAAGAGAUUUAUUCAUAGUAUUUUAAUUUUUAAGCACAGAGGAUCAGUGACGUAAAUUCUUAAUGUUUUAGUGUUUAUUCCGUUUAAAUGGCUGUUGAUUUACGGUCGUAUAACUGUCUGCCAGAGCACCAAGGUCCAGCUUUUCGAACCUGGGCUCGAAUUAUUCAGACGGCCGCCAUGAGUUCAGGGACCCCAACGUCCCCACUUCUUAGUCCAAAUGGUUAUGUAAAUUCAGAUAAUACAUUUGCGAAUUUGAUUCCCGCUGAAGAGGUUAUUCCACUCAAGUCUACCGAUGACACAAGAAAACAGAGAGGCUUUGGAGAAACAAGCAACUCUGGAUCAAGAAAACCAGGACAUAACGAGAACCAAGCAAGUGGCUCUCAAGUUGUAGAUGUCCCAUCGCUUCUUUACGCACCUUGGAAGAAAAGAAGUUAUCCAGAAAAUGCAUAUGGACUGCACCUUGAGGUAAAAGACUUCUAUGAAUAUAUGUCACCAACACCAGAAGAGGCCUUUAUGAGGAAAGAUGCAGUGGAUAGAAUCACAAAUGUUAUAAACUCCAUCUGGCCGACUGCAAAGGUUGAAAUAUUUGGAAGUUACAAAACAAAUCUUUACCUCCCUACCAGUGACAUUGAUCUUGUGGUCUUUGGCUACUGGGAGAAACUACCCUUAUGGACCCUCGAAAGAGCAUUGGUGGAUCAAGAUGUUGCUGAUUCCUCGACUAUCAAAGUACUGGACAAAGCAUCAGUUCCUAUUGUCAAGCUGACAGACAAACGCUCAAAUAUAAAAGUUGAUAUUAGUUUUAACAUGGACACAGCUGUGAAAGGAGCAGAACUGAUUCAGGAGUUUCUGAAAGAGUACAAGAUUCUUCCUCAGUUGUUCAUUGUCUUGAAGCAUUUUCUUGUUAUGAGGCAGCUAAAUGAAGUUUUCACUGGUGGCAUUAGCUCUUAUUGCCUUAUGCUUUUGACUAUAAGCUUCCUUCAGAUGCACCCAAGGCAGGAGUCAAAGCUUCCAAAUGCCAACCUAGGUGUUCUUCUGAUUGAGUUUUUUGAGUUGUAUGGAAGAAAUUUCAACUAUCAGAGGACUGGCAUAAAAAUUAGAAAUGGAGGCUGUUAUUGCUCAAAGGAUGAGAUUAUGAGAGAAAUGGUUGAUGGGCAAUUUCCGUCUUUACUAUGCAUUGAGGAUCCUGUUUCCAAAGUAAUUGACAUUGGCAAGAGUUCAUUUGGAAUAAUGAGAGUUAAAGAAGCCUUUGAAUAUGCAUAUAAUGUGUUGGACAGUGCUUUGAGAAAUCGACAUUACUUUAAAAUCAACCCAGACAGCACCUACUUGAGCAGGAUAAUUCAGGUUCCCAGUGAAAUAGUGCAAUACAGAGAGUGGGUGAAACACCAGUUUCAGGUUUUGUAUGGCCAUACAGUGGACAAGCAAACAGGAACAACAUGUGAGAUUGAUAUCGUAAACAAUGAUGAUUUUCCUCCCCUUGAGUCACCAAAGACUAUUCCUAAACAUAGUAGGACAAAUUCAAGCAAAUCUGUAGCAGAAAACAAAUUAGCAGAGACUCAUCAGCCAGAAUUUAAAGAAGAGCAAAAGAAAAGUAAUACAACAUCUUUAAGUAACUCAAAUCAAUUAUCAUUGCCAUUAAAUAAAAGACUAUCAGAUACAGAAGGUGGUGUACAGAUAGGUGAGGCAGCAACACAGGAUGUAGCAGAAAAGAACAAUAAACCAGAUACAAAUUCAGCAGAUAAUGCACAAACAAAGAAAAAUAAUGUUGUUGAUAUUGGUAGCACAAGUAGUGACAUUGACGAGUUCAUUCUUGAGCCAUACCUGGAAGGUGUUUCAUGGGGCGACCUCUGUGAUGAUACACCUGUGGAUGACAAUUCUGAUACACAAGAUGUUGAAGACCAAGUCUGCCAAAGAACAGGGCACCAAAUAGGUAGUGGGGGAGCAUCAUUGUGGUCGGGAGAUGAAAGUUCCCCAAGUGAGAAUAAAGUUCCAAAAAGACCUUUACAUUUAGCUACAGGCCAUGCCCAUUUUAAAUUUCAUGAUGAUAGAAAUCACACAGGGAAAAGAAGUUCACAUCAUUAUAGAAACAGAAGGCCACGCUCACCAUGUGAAGGAAUAGGCGAGCAGGAUUUAGCAAAUGCUAGACAAGCUCGUCAGCUCAUCAUUUCAUCACCUGAAAAACCCAUCAUUAAGCCAGAAAAAUGGGCUAGAGAAGAUGGAAAAAAUUCAAGAGAUCACAAGAGCCAUGAACACAAUAGAAGUCAUGAUGAAAAACACGAGCAUAGAUACAAAUCAAGCAACCGAGAUUCAAGGGAAUUCCACAGUGAAAAUACAAAGAAUUCAUAUGACCAGACUUAUCAUGAUGAUAAUCAUUCCCAUAAGUAUGGAUCAGGACAUAGGCGGCGUGGUAAAAGAGAUUCUAAACCUUUUUGAAAUACCUCUUCCCAAGCUUAUAUCAAAUAUAAGGCAAUUUUUCUAGCAAAUUUUCAUAGUGUAGUUAUGAUUCAAAUGUCUAUAAAGAAAGAUGUGAUUUGUGAAAGCUAAAAUGUUUAAUGCUUAUAUCCUGGGGUAAUCAUAACCUGCUUGUGCCUCCAUUGUGAUUAAGCAAGUUACACCCCACUUCUUGCUUGCAAGAUAUAUAUGUAUUGGUGUUUUUUAUUAUUGUGAGGUUAAACAAAAUUGGUAGAUGUUUCAAACUAUUAGGCCAUUUCAAUAUUGCAUGUAUUUCAAGAGGCUUCAAGCUUUAUUUGUAAUGGUUCUCUUGAUGAAUAGUUUUUAUGACAUCAAGACCUAAUUAGCCUAAGCCUUUAUAUUCUUAAGUACAGAUAGGUUGUUUUCAAUUUUUUCUUAGAAGAUCGCAAGUAAAUUUCAAAAUAUUUUACAUUUAAAGAAAUGGAUCAAUAACUUUAUCCAUAAUAUGUUGAAUUUAAAGCAGUAAGAUUUCCUGAUCUAUCUUUGAUUUCAAUUAGAUGCAUUUUCAGUUUCUCGCUUUGCAUGUCAAUGCUGAUAUUUUGACCCUUUUUUUACAAUCAUUUAGUAAAAUUAGUUAGGAGUCAUUUUUGUGAUUUAUGGAAAUCUGUUUCAUGCUGGAGGUGAAACAGAUUCAAUUUUAAUAGAAUGAUAAAGGAAUAUAUGUUUAAAUAUCUGGCUGGCUUUGUCUGAAAGUAUAGAGUCACUAAGUUAAGAUAUUUUUGGCCUCUAAGAAAAGCCCUAAAACUGAUAUUGUAAGCUUAUAUUGCAAUAAUUAUUUGUGAGAAAUUUUCGACAUAAGAUGGAAGCUAGCAAUGUAGCCCAUAAUCAAAACAGUCACUUUCCUCUUGUCAAAAACAAAUUUGGCAUUUAAAACUAGACACUGUUUUAUAGGAAGUUUUUGAAUGAAUAAAAAAUCACUUUAUGGUAGACAUUAUCAAACGAGAUCAUCAUUGUUUCUAUGGAUUUUCACCAAAACUUUCUUGAAAAGCCCUAGUGGAGCCUGAUAUAUCCUUUGUUAGUGUUUUUAAUCCCCAGCAAAGAAUCAUACUUAUUUUUAGGUGAUAGGACUUUUAACAACUUAGGCUAUAUGAAAAUUGUUUUAGAUUUCACCCCUGCUUUUUUCUGAUAGGUAGAUAAAUAAAUAUUUGUAAAUUAUUAUGUCUAAAUAAUGUUUGACCUCUUUAGGAUCUUGCUGCUGGCACAUAAAUAAAGUUGGUCUCAGAGGCAAAGUGUUGGCCUGCUUAGGCAUAGCUCUCAAAGGAGCAUUUGAUCUAGAUGUUAUUCAAAUGCCCUUUCUCCCUAUCACUUCUAGAGAUAACAGCUAGCAUUUCUAAAGCAAAUAUCUAAAGUGUAUUAAUAUUUUUUUUGGAUACUAGUUCAUAAAAUUUGAUAUUUUACAAGUAAUGAUAAGCAGUCUUGGGCAUUACUGAUUGAAAAAAAAACCAUUAAAAUGGUAUACAAUUUUUUGUUUAUUCCACUUGGCAAUAUUCUACCUUUUUAUUUGCUGUGUUCUGUCCCAUAUUUACUUAGUGUAUCUUGUCCCUUCCAGUAAACAUAGUGCUUGAAUACUUGCAAGCAAUUUGAAAUAAUUUGCCAGUCGUUCCACUGUUUGGUUAACUAUUUCGGUGUUAUGGUGUGAAAAUAUUCCAUACGGUAUUUAAGUAUAUUUUAGACCGAUUUUGGGUAUUAGAAUUAGGCUAAUCUAAUGUGUAUCUCAGGUAGAUACAAAAUGAACAAUGUUCUCAAAA